UGCCGAGGGCUAGGCUCGCCAUCUUUACACAACAUCAAAACACACACCAUGGCCGUUGCCUCUGAAUACGUGGUAUUGGCACGCAAAUGGCGGCCACAAACCUUUCAAGAUCUUGUUGGACAAGAGCACGUUGUGCGGGCAUUAGGGCAUGCACUAGACGCUGGACGUUUACAUCAUGCAUACCUGUUCACGGGUUCUAGGGGAGUAGGUAAAACGACCAUUUCGCGCCUGUUUGCUAAAGCGGUCAAUUGCGAGGUUGGACUAACGCGCAACCCUUGUAAUGUUUGUUCCAAUUGUAUUGCCAUCAACGAAGGUCACUUUGUCGACUACAUUGAGAUGGAUGCCGCCUCAAACCGUGGCGUUGAUGAAAUGUCACAGUUGAUAGAAAAAGCGGUAUAUGCCCCUGCCAUAGGGCAAGUCGAGACCAUGCUAGGGACUUUAGACCAGUCCUAUAUGAUGACCUUAUUGAAGGCACUUUUCUACAAAGAUGGUGUACAAGUGUAUCAAUUAGCUAAAGAGAUUGAAAGUCGUGGUUUAUCGAUGCAAGGAGCAAUGGGCAAUCUAGCCUUACUGUUACAUCAAAUUGCUUGGUACCAGCAAAGCCCUACAAGUCUUGACGAUGGACUGAUUGAUGUUGCGCAACUCGAUGAAUUAUCAAAAUUUUUUCUGCCAGAACAAUUGCAGUUGUAUUACCAAAUUGCGACUUAUGCUCAGCGAGAAAUUGCUUUAGCACCUGAUGAGUUUACGGGAUUCACGAUGGCCUUAUUGCGAAUGUUAGCUUUUGCGCCACUUACAGAUGUCACGACCGCUGAGCCUACCCAACCGAGCCAAUCACCGACAACAACUAGCGCGGGCAUCCGUCGUGAAUCGGAAAAAUUAAGACGUCCAGACAAAAGCCAAGCUAGGAGUAUGCCAUUGGUGCUCCCUGUUGCACAAGCGCAAAACCGAGUGGUUGUACCCGAGGUAUUGCCCACGAAAGAAACAGAAAGGGUGCAUCUCGCCAAUGGGGUUAGCAGUAGCUUGAGCGCAAAUAUAUCUCAUAAUGCUGUAAAAACUACUGAAAAAGUUCAGAUUAGCCAAAAAAUCGGGAUAACAGAAGAUGGUGCCACCGCUUCAGUGCCACCGCUCGGACCAGACCCUAUGGAGACUUUUGGGCUAGAAGGGACGCAGUCCGUGGCCACUUUUAAUGGGGACUGGCAAGGUUUAACCGAGCGCCUGGUUUUAACGGGAAUGAGCAAGCAAUUAGCUUUGCAAAGUGAGCUCGUGACCUAUGACCGAGAUAGCAUCACCUUAAAAAGUGCCCUAUCCAAUACCAUGCCCACCGUCAGCCAAAAAUUAGAACUUGCUUUAAGUCAAUAUUUUAAACGCCCCAUCAAGGUUAAGCUUCAAACCGGUGCCGUUAAAAACACCCCGGCAUUGGUUAAGGCACAGGAAAAGGCUCAGGCCAUUGAAAAAGCCACUCAUUCAUUAUCAGAACACCCGAUCGUUAAAACCCUUAUUAAUGAGCUGCCCGCUAGCGUUGUCCCGAACUCUGUUGAGGUGAUUCGUUGA